AUGCACCGCUAUUCGUUUCCUCACACGCCCAUCGCGAAUCCCGACGCGAUUGUGGGAGGCGGCCACCACGACAAGUACCGGUUCACAGUGCUGGCCGACGGCCUGCUUCGCUACGAAUGGGCCGAUGAUCAUCAGUUCGAGGAUCGGGCAUCAGUUUUGGCCAUCCACCGCCGCCUGCCCGUGCCUGACUUCCGCGUCAAGGAGAACGACCAUACCCUCGAGAUCAUUACAGCCCGGUUCCAUCUCAGUUAUGACAAGCGGGCGUUUACACCAGACGGUCUCACGGCCGUGAUCAAGGGCCAGUACGGUCCGCAUGUCAGCCUGUGGCGCUAUGGGAUGCAUACGCAUGGCUCGAACCUCGGUGGCACCGCUCGUACUCUGGAUGAGGCCAAUGGCCGCGUGCCUUUGGAGCCUGGGGUGAUGUCCAGGCAAGGUUUCACCACGUUAGAUGACUCCAGAUCCAUGCUCUUCGACAAUCGCCAAUGGGUGGCUACGCGACUGCCCGGGGAGGAUCGCGUGGAUGGAUAUCUCUUCGCCUAUGGACACGACUACCGACAAGCCAUCCAGGCAUUCUACCUUCUUUCAGGCCCGCAACCACUGCUCCCCCGAUGGGCAUUGGGUAACUGGUGGAGUCGGUACUAUGCAUACACCGCGGAUGGAUAUUUGUCCCUGAUGGAUCAGUUUCGAGCGCGCGGCAUUCCACUUUCGGUGGCAGUGUUGGACAUGGACUGGCACCUCGUGCAUGAUGAGCGUGUCAAGAAGGCAGGCGUGACGGGAUGGACCGGAUACACCUGGAAUAAGGAACUAUUUCCUAACCCACAAGCCUUCCUGGCAGCCCUCCACGAUCGCAAUCUCCGCGUGGCCCUGAACGACCACCCGGCCGACGGGGUCCAGAGCUUUGAAGACCCGUACGAAGAGAUGGCCGUCGCCCUCAAUCAUGACACUUCCAUGGGCGAUCCCAUCGCCUUUGACAUCACCAACAAAGCCUUUCUUGAUGCGUUCUUCGAUGUCCUACACCGCCGCUUCGAGGAUGAAGGACUCGAUCUGUGGUGGGUCGACUGGCAGCAAGGCAAGCAUUCUCGUAUCCCAGGCAUUGAUCCGCUCUGGAUGCUCAACCACUACCACUUCCUGGACAGUGCACUGAAUAACAAGAGACCCUUAACGUUCUCCCGAUACGCUGGUCCAGGCAGCCAUCGAUACCCCAUUGGCUUCUCCGGCGACACUGUCGUCUCAUGGGAUUCGCUUCACUUUCAACCAGAAUUCACAGCAACCGCAUCUAAUAUUGGGUUCGGCUGGUGGAGCCAUGAUAUCGGUGGCCAUUUUCACGGCGAAAAAAGUGAUGAGAUGUUGAUUCGCUGGGUGCAAUACGGAGUCUUUUCACCCGUUCUGCGUCUCCACUCAUCAGACAACAUUUUCAGUAUCAAGGAGCCAUGGAAUCUGGAUCCUCCCUAUGAGCAGAUCAUGACAAAAUACCUCAAGAUCAGACACCGCCUACUUCCGUAUCUAUAUACCAUGAAUGUGCGGGCCGCUGUUGACGGUUUGCCGCUUGUGCAGCCUAUGUACUGGGAUUACCCAGAAUACGAGGAGGCUUACAAUGUCCCGAACCAAUACCUGUUUGGCUCUGAACUCAUUGUGGCGCCUAUUACCACUCCCCAGGAUCCCAAAUCUCAAAGGGCUCAGGUUCGCGCCUGGCUUCCUCCUGGCAGAUAUGUGGACAUCUUCACCGGAGUGGUUUACGACGGCGAUCGUCGGAUCGGUAUAAAUCGAGAACUUAAGGACUUCCCCGUUUUUGCCCGGGAGGGGGCAAUUGUCCCUCUAGAUUCUGCACCGGAUCUUCAGAAUGGGUGCCUCGAUCCAAUCAUACUUGAGCUGUUGGUUGUUGUCGGUGCAGAUGGCAGCUCAGAACUGGUUGAAGAUGAUGGGACAGGCCAAUAUACCGACCACAUUGCGUUCCGCCGCACGCCUCUUUCGUUCCAUCAAAAAACAGGUGAACUGCACAUUGGUCCAACGAGCGGUAGAGAUAUUCCGCCUCCAAGUCGCGAGUGGAACGUACGUUUCCUUGGAUAUUCAUUCGCGGACAAUAUACAAGUUGAGGUUGGGGGAAACAAAGAGUUCAUCCGGGGUGAGCACGUUAGCAAUGGUAUCCUCGUGAAGCUAGGAUCUCAUCCAGGCAACGAGCGGCUUAUAGUCAGGCUAGCGGCCGACCCUUGCUUGGCUGUGAGUCAGCCUGCGUCUCCCAUUGUCAAGUUCCUACGCAGUGCCCAGAUUGAGUUGGAUUUGAAAGACUCCAUCCGAGCAAUCGUGGAAAGUUCCAAGCCCAGACUGGUGCGGAUCGGAGAACUCCAUACUCUUGGCAUGCAUUCUUCGGUCUUGGAUCCAGUUCUAGAAUUGCUUUUGGCCGACUCGCGUGAUGAAUUAGCUCCACCGAGCUCAGAGAUAGGCUUCGUGGUUGUGGAGGAAGCAUAA